AUGCUCCCCCCGGGACUCAGCGUGGCUCUGCUGGCCGUGUCCUGCGCCCUGUGGCCGCCUGCAGUCCGGGCGGCCGCCUGUGAGCCGGUCCGGAUCCCGCUGUGCAGAUCCAUGCCGUGGAACAUGACCAAGAUGCCGAACCACCUCCACCACAGCACGCAGGACAACGCUGUGCUGGCCAUCGAGCAGUUCGAGGGGCUGCUGGGUACGGGAUGCAGCCCAGAUCUUCUCUUCUUCCUGUGCGCCAUGUACGCUCCCAUCUGCACCAUCGACUUCCAGCAUGAGCCCAUCAAGCCCUGCAAGGCGGUGUGUGAGCGAGCCAAGUCCGGCUGUGAGCCCGUGAUGAAGAGGUACAACCACAGCUGGCCCGACAGCCUGGCCUGCAGCGAGCUGCCGCUGUACGACCGCGGCGUCUGCAUCUCUCCUGAGGCCAUCGUCAAGGCAGAAGGACCAGACCCGUACCUCCAGGACCCGUCCAGGUGUCAGAACCCAGAGUCCGGCUCUGACGUUCCGAUGGAUCCCAGCAGCUUCCACUGCCGAGGACCAAAUGGAGAUCGCUGCAAGUGUAAAACGGUGAAAAUGGGCCAGAAGGCCUACGUGAAUAACAACUACAACUACGUCAUCAGGGCCAGGGUCCGGGAGGUCCGAAACCGCGGUCUGGAGCCCACGGCCGUGGUGGACGUGAAGGAGGUCCUGAAGUCCUCUCUGGUCAACAUCCCAAAGGAGACCCAGAUGCUCUAUUACUCCUCAUCCUGCCUGUGCCCCCCCCUCACCCCUGGGGAGGAGUACCUCAUCAUGGGCUACGAGAGCGAAGAAAGGUCCAGGUUGCUUCUGAUCGACAGCAGCGUGGCUCAGAAGUGGAAGGACAAAAUGCGCCGAAAGGUCAAGAAAUGGGACCAGGCCCUGCAGGCUUCCCAGGCACAUUCCCGCCGGAGUCGCCACUGAGACCUGCGUGUGUGUGUUGGAGUGAGUGUGAGUGUGAGGGUGUGUUUGUGUAGAUAUUGCACUAUCACAGACUGUUUUAGCUGAAUGUAGAUCCUCUCCUAGUUUAUCAGAUUGUGGCCUCUUUUCUUUGCACAGUCAUCAUUCAGAGUUUCUGCCUUUUCCUGUAGAAACAGCAGAAGAAUUGGAGCUUUAAACAUUUCCGCAAAUGCAUGAAUUCUUUUUGUUUUCCUGGACCAAACAUUUUUCAAAGGCGGCCAUAUUGGAUGGAAUAUCUGCCAACAUGAGGCCCAUGUUACCAUGGUGAUGAGGAUAAGGACCUGCCUGUGGGGCAAUGAGCACCACAGGAAGGAGAGGACCGGGUCGGGGCCAGACGGACCUUCAGGGUUCUGGUCUUCUUAUCAUGAUGGAUGACUUUUUAACCCCUUAACUAGUUUCUGCAUGGUUUCUAAUGGUCGCCAUGGUUACCGUCCUGUGGGUCCACCCAAUCUAAAUCCCUGAAAUCGCUGACCACCAAUCAGUGAUGGCGUCUUCAUGGACACUACAGAGAAGCAGCUGAAGGAGGAAACCUUCGGCGCUCCAUCAUCAUCCUCCUCCUCUGGCUUGGGCUCACGGUGACGGUCUGAAUAAAAUAUAUUACUGUCAUUUUGUUCUGAAAGUCAUGAUGAAUCAGUCAAAUCUGUGUUUGUCUCCAUGUCUGCCAAAAACUGCUAAAGUUUGUUUUUAUUAAAUGUGCUUCUUAUUUUCUUAUAAAAGUUUUCCCAGUCCU